CUGGUGAUCGCAGUGACUGCUGGAUCUCUUGAAGAUGAGGUGGCCCCAGUGAAAUGCAGGCAGGACCCCAUGGCCAACUCAGACACCGAGGUCUGCUGGACCAAGCCAGGCCUGAGGAAGGGGUCUCAGAGGCAGCGGCGGCGCUGGGCCUGGGAGGAGGCCGGGAAGGUCACGGAUGGGUCUGGCCUGAGCAGCUGGGAAGUAGAGGGGCCCCUGCCCACUGCUGCCAGCCCGGAGCUCUUGGAUGAUUUCCGCCAUGCCCAGCAGUGUCUGCAGCCUCUGGAGUGGACCCCGGACUUACAGCCCCGUGCAGCCUCUGAUUCCGAACCAGGAGAAUCCACGGGAGAGGAGGUUGAAGCUGAGGAUGUGGACAGCCUAGAAGGUUCCACUGUGCCUCUCCACUGGCUUCCCCAGCAGGAUCCCCACCUGGACACACCUGAAGAGGAGCUAGACAUGCCCCCCGAAACUGUGGAGGUUGAGGAAAUGGGGGACAAUUCCCCAACAUUGGGAUUCGAAGCUGGCUUGAGCUCCGAAGAAGAAAAUAAUGAAAAUAGCUCCAGGACUUUAGAGUGGGGUCAGGAAAGAAACUGGCUGGGCCCUGGCCAACAGAACAAGAGGGACAUGCCUCUAGAACAUUCUGAAGCCCACCCAACUGUGGACCUUAGCCCAACGAGGUCCUGGAGCAGUGGAACCAUGAGCCUCGGACCCCCUUCUGACAGCCUGGGUUCCCCCUGGGAAGGAGAGGCGCCUGGCCCCCGGCCCCCAGUCCUAACAAGAAGUUACUCACAGCAUGCUGGCCACCACCUCCUGAACCAAGUUGACAGCAUUGGAGGAAGUGUCACCGUGGCAACCACCCAGGAAUUCCAGGACUCCCCGACACCCCGCACCCCCAGUCCCCAGGAUCCUGAAGAUAGAUGGGAAACCCAAGUGACGGGUGUCUCCUGCCCUCAGCGUGGGACCCAGGCCUGGAAGCGGACAUGGCUGUCACCUAAGACACUCCCUUCCCGCUUCACUGGCUCCAUCAGCACCCCACAGUCUGUGUCCAGGCCAUCGCCAAGGCAACGAGGUACCCUGGCUGGCCACGCCACCUCCAAAGACGUCCGCAAAUAUGGCCGGGGACAGCUGAAUCACCCACUCCCUGAUUUAUCCAAGGUGGGACCCCGAGUGAAGUUCCCCAAAGAUGAAUGCUACCAGCCCCCCAAGGCCAGGCAGCCUCGGACCCCUGCCAGACCCCCGAUCUUCAAGUCUCCUGCUGAGAUCGUGCGGGAAGUGUUGCUGAGUAAUCGAGAUGCCUCUCCAGGAGAGAAUCCACCUCCCAUCGCCAGGGUCCCCCAAGAAUUUCAGACACCUGAGCAAGCCACCAAACUGGUCCAUCAGCUCCAGGAGGAUUACCACAAGCUCCUCACCAAGUAUGCAGAGGCCGAGAACACCAUUGACCAGCUGCGCCUGGGGGCCAAGGUGAACCUGUACUCGGACCCGCCCAAGCCCAGCCACAGCAUCCACAUGGGGACCGUGUCUCAGGGGACCAAGGUCUUGUCCUUCACCAUCCCGAAGCCACAAUAUUCUGAGAGGUGGCCCAGCCCUUCUGUAUUCCCGCAGGUCUCUGAGGCCGAAGGAGGCUUGAUCACUGGAGGGGACUUGAGCCUCUCCUCAUCCACCAGUGCUCCGACCCCGGAGGGGCUCCCUGGACAGCAGAGCCUCACCAAGGACCAGCCCUCUGCUGAGCAGACCCAGAUUCUGGCUUCUCAGGCCAGGCGUUUCUUGGCCAGGGUGGAGUCCUUUGUAGGCCUGAUGCAAGCAGGAUGUCUCACGCCCCAGGACCAGCACAAGGGCUUCCAGCGGCUAAAGGCAGCCCAUGCGGCCCUGGAGGAGAAAUACCUGCAGGCCUGCAGGGAGCAGCGACAGACCCCACAAUUCGGCGGGCCCAAGGACACCCCUGGGACAUUUGACCCUGGCAGGGAAUUGGAGGCGGAGAUAUUCCAAUUGGGGAUUCGCCUGGAAGAGCUGAAGGACCACCUAGAACAGAACCAGCAGGCUCCCGAGCCACUGGACUUGGCUUCCCCAUUUCUGGAUAGCUCUCCCAGAACACCCCAUCACCACCAGCCCACACAGCCACCCAGUCCUACAGGCCAGACCCCCAGGCCGUCCAUGCAAGCACUCUGCACUGAGCUGGACGCCACCAGCACUGGCCCCCACCAGCCACACCCCAGGAGGGAGACACGUGUGGUCUGCAGCAAGGAGGAUGAAGAAGAAGACCAGAGUCUGGGCAUCCCAGCCCCUUUCAGGCAUAAGGAGAGGCAGGCAGAACAGGACUUCCAAGGCCUCCUGGAGCGGUACCUGAGUGCUAAAUCUCUCCCAGAAGGCUUGAGGACUGAGGAUGAGGAGGAUGAGGUGGAACAAGAGGAGGAUGAAGAGCAGGAGGAUGAGGAGGGGCACAGCUCAGUUCUGGGAACCAUGGAGCCUCGCAGACUCCACUCAGUGCAGACUGGGAGAAGUCACAGGGCUACUAGGGAGAACAUGGAGCAGAUGGCAUCUGUGAACAGACCCGCCUUCCGGGCACCCAGUGCCAGAGACAGGCACCCAUCAGGCCUGGGCAAGGCCGAGGCAGCUGCUCCAGGCCCAGGCAGGCCACCCCACCCUCGGAACUCUAAGGCGGGGGGCUCCCACGAGAGCAGCCUGACCAGCCUGGAAGGAAGCGGCAGCCCUGAGCAGCUUGUGCAGAAAUCUCCGGGCCAAGCAGGAAGGCCUCACCGGGAGGAGCCCUGGAUGGCCUCUCCAGAGACUGACAGCGGCUUUGUGGGCUCGGAGACCAGCCGAGCAUCGCCCCUCACCCAGACCCCAGAGCACCGGCUUGCCCACAUUAGUGCCUCUCUCCCUUCUGGAUCCCCCAGCACUCCAAGGAUAAUGAGAAAGACCACCACCGAACCUGCAGCCUGGGUUGGAGGCUCUCACACUCAGACCACGACUCCCCAGGUUCUCAGAAAAGCCUCUGAGCCCAGCCUAGGCAAGAACCGAGCCCAGAGUCACCUCUCGGCUCAGAAGACCCCACUUCGGGACAGACCACGGAGCUUCUAUCCAGGGAGGGCGUCAUCUGUGGAGACAGUUCCUGGCUCGGAGUUCGAGGAGGGGCACAAAGAAGUUUCGGAGCAGCUCCCUCGAAGUGUGACAAUGAGCCCAGUCCCCAUGCCAGCCCCCACAGCUGUGGCCUGUGGACCAGAAGAGACCACCUCCUCCUUCCUCCUCACCAGGGCAGGCCGAGACAAGGCCAUCCAAGAGCUGCAGGAGGAGGUGUCCCAGCUUCGGGUGCGGUUGGAGGACUCUCUGCAUCGUUCACCCCAGAGCAGCCCUACGCACCCACCAUCCACCUUGGAAUGCCCCACCAGAGUUAGAGACCGGCGAGCAGAUGCCUUACCCAUCCGGGGAACACACUAUGGCAGUAAAUCCACGGAGAGACUGUCUGGGGAACCCACAGACGCAGAGCCAGCUGUCCCCACAGAAAGGCGGCCAACUAGGUCCUCCUCAGUGCCACGGAAGAUGCCCCAGAAGACCCUGAGUUCUGAAUCUGAGCCCAACUCCCCACACCUGCUCUCUAAGAAGAGUAAAAGUCUCAACAAGGAUAGACAAUGGGCAUCUUCUGAUGAUGAAACAAGAGGCGUGGGCAGUGCCAGGAGGUCAGACAGGGUCACCUUCCGAGGCCAGUAUACAGGUCAACAAUACCAUGUCCUGACCCCCAAGACAGCCCUAAAGGGCAGUUCCAGGCCACCCUGUUUGCAUUGCCAGCCACCUGCGUCCCAGGAUACAGGCAGUUUUGUAGCCAAGGACUCAGGAGGGUUAUCUACCCGGGACACCCCACAAUGUCCUCGAUGUUGUCGGCUUGGGAUCUCCCCAGAAGCGGCUAGCUCUGUCUUACCCCCGUCUGGGCCAGAGAAGGCUGCCACAAGGAAAAACCCAGCUGCCGCGGCCAACCCGAAGCAGAAGGGUCAGCGGGCAGUGUCACCUGGCCGGCCAGUCCCUGGAUUGUGGUAUCUGGCUGGUCCCCCCUUGGCCUACGUCUCCUCAGUUCCCGUCCUGCCUUAUCCUUCAGCCACUGUGUACUAUGCACCUCCUGGAUCUACCUCAGCCCGCUUGGCUGCAGAGUGGCCCCCCACAGCCUCAUCCUCAUCCAGGCGGGUCCCUCCCAGGCACUCCAUCCAGCUGGAUUUAGAGGACCUGGAGGAACUCAACCAAGCCCUGAGCCGGGCCGCGGAGGCCGCUGAGAGUGUGCGUUCCACCGCCCGACAGAUGACCCGCUCCCUGUCUGCGGAACUACACCAGGCCCGUGGCCUUCGGGGUUCCUGCCUGUUCUAAGCCACAAGGGCUGAGACAGAGACACGGUUGGCAGGUCUCCUGGGCCAGGAGGGGCCUCUUGGGCCCCACUCAGGACCUCCUUUUGGCUUGAUUCGAGGUUCCCAGAUGAAUGGAUGGUCCUUCUAGGCCUGUGUAUUUUUUAAGUUAUGGACAGAGUUUUAUUUUUUUAGCAUGGACUUUGG